CCUUUCUGUCGAUUUAGCAACAUGGACGCCGCGAGCGAAGCGCCCACGACCUUUGCGCCAACCGCGCAACCAGACUUGGGAUUGCCGCGAACCUUUGAAUUCUGGCGUCGCGCUGCGCUUAUUUAUGGCAGUUAUAAAGUUGCACAACUACGCGACCUGGUUCUCAGAGCGACCGGUAAAAGUGAUGCCGAGCUGCAAAAUGCGAUUUGGGUGCCUCAGCAUACGUGGGCUGGCGAGGAGAUGUAUAACCUAUGUAUAUCGCUAAGAGGCUUUUACUUGAAGGCCGGCCAGUUCAUCGGCUCCCGAGCCGACUUCGUGCCGGAGCAGAUCUGCAGGAAGCUGUCGCUGCUGUGCGACAAGGUCCCCCCCAUGUCCCCCUCCGCCACCCGCGCCGCCCUGCAGCGGGAGCUGGGGGUGGCGGACCUGGGGCAGCUGUUCGAGUGGAUAGACCUGGAGCGGCCGCUGGGGGCAGCGUCAAUAUCGCAGGUCCACAAGGCCCGCCUGCGCCGCUUCCCCCGCUCCCAGCUGGCGGGUGCGGCCGCCCGGCUGCGGCACCAGCCCCCCCGCGAGCAGGUGGUGGGGCCGGGGGAGGGCGCGUGGGAGGUGUGCAACGCGCUGGGGAUCAGCCGCGGGGAGCUAAGGGAGCUGAACAGGGGUGUCGACCUGGACCGGCUGCAGCCCGGUCAGCGGCUGCGGGUGCUGCACCCCCGCUGCGUGGACAUGUACGACAACAGUGGGGCCAGCAGCAGCGGCACCCCCCCCACCCCCCCUGCGGUGGCCGCCCUGCUGCAUGCGGUGGCGUGUGGGGAUGCGCCGCGGGACGGGCUGGUGGCGGUCAAGGUUCAGUACCCGGGUGCCCUGCCCGUCAUGACGGCCGACCUAGCCAACCUGCGGGCGGCGGCGCUGUUCCUGUCCAAGACGGAGAUAAAGUUCGACCUGGUAUCUGCGGUGGACGAGUUGAACAAGCAGAUACGACUGGAGUUCGAUUUCACACGCGAAGCCCGCGUGAUGGACACCCUGGCCGACCACCUGCGCCCGCUGUGCCGCCGGCUGGCGGUGCCGCGCAGUGUGGGCGGGCUGGUGACGCGGCGGGUGCUGGUGAUGAGCUACCUGCAGGGUAUCCCCCUGCUUGAGGCCAGCUCCCGAGUGGGCCGCAUGAGCCCGCGGGCCCGACAGGCGGCGCAGCGGCUCAUACUGAACAGGGUGUCGGAGGCGUACGGCCGCAUGAUCCUGGGGGAGGGGCUCUUCCAGGCCGACGGCCACCCCGGCAACAUCCUGAUCGGGCGAGGCGGGCGGGUGGGGCUGCUGGACUACGGGCAGUCCAAGCAGCUGCCGGAGGCGGAGCGGGCGGGGCUGGCGGAGCUGGUGCUGGCGAUGAACAGGGGCCGUCCCGAGGAGAUCUCCGCCUGCCUGGCGAGUCUGGGGGUGGUUACGGAGCGGGAGGACGCGGGGCUGCGGACGGAGAUGGCGUACGGCAUGUUUGACACGCGGGGCAAGGUGGACCCGUUCGACCCCGCCUCGCCGCUCAAGCGCUGCGCCAUCCGCACCUUCCCGCCCGACCUGUUCUUCGUGAUGCGGGUGGUGCAACUGCUGAGGGGCAUGGCGAGCGGAAUGGGCAUCUCCGACUUCUCCUGCGCGCGCCAGUGGGCCCCUCUGGCCCGGGACACCCUGGCACGGGC